GUCCAAACUAAAUUCUAUGGUUUCAUCUUUGGUUUCGCAUUCUCAAGGGAGGGUCUAUAGGUCUUUUACUCUAUGACAAGCAAACAAGCGAAUGACGUUUUGCGCAUGCUCAUGGAUAGAUAUGGAGCUACAAGGAAAAAGUGCUGAAGACAAAGGACUAAAAAAAAACAGGAAAAGAGGUUAAACGAUUAAUUUCACAAGGAUUAUGACAACCUUACUACAGUAGUAUCGCAUGAAGAUACUAUCACACUAAGGAUAAUCAUCUCUACACGUCACUGAGCCUCCUGUGUCCCUCACCUCGCUUCCAGGGGAACUAAAUCUUUAUGGUGGAACCUUGGCUCUUUGGUCUCUUUAGAAAUGGAAAGAACUUGUAAGCUCUAGUGACACUUGAGGUGCUAAAAGAAAAGUCACAAGGACCGACAUCACAAUGGAUGAAGUUGAAAAAAGAGAAACAUACCUUUGCUCCUCUUGGUAGUUUUUGUUUUAUCACAGAACCUUGUGGUUCAUCAACUUGUUUUUUCACAACCGGAAUGUCAGUGAUUACACUCUUGUGAUUCAGUCUAGGCCUCCUCACUCCAUUGUCUUCUUUUUGUUUUCCCCCGUUAGCUUUUUAUUUUUUUUUAUCUCUUUGUCUCUUUUGAAACGGAAGGUAUAUCUGAAGCGAUCCUCGUCAGCAUCGACCAGUAACCCACUUCCCCACUCCCCUUGCCAUACGCACGCUGCUCCAGCAGCUGAGAUGUUGCCGUGGCGACGGUAGCCAUGUCCAUGUAGUGACAGUGAUGGGGAGUGCUCCAUGUUCUGGGAAGGGGAGAGGGGGAGGGGGGCUGCAAGACCUGGGCUGUAUGCCAUGGAAGCUGAGCAAGCAGAAAGGGGUAUUGGUGGCUGCUGAAGUGGGGGGAGGUACUGGUGGAGGGGGGGGAGGAGAGGUUGGAACCGGGGAACAUGAUCUCUCGACCCCUCCAGCCUCGCCGCCACCGCCCAUCUACCAUGAGAAGCAGCGGCGGGAGCUGUGUGCUUUGCACGCACUCAAUAAUGUCUUCCAGGACGGUGCAGCGUUUAGCAAGGAAACACUGCAGGACAUCUAUCAGAGACUCUCUCCUGGCACUCUGGUAACCCCACACAAGAAAAGCAUGCUGGGAAAUGGGAACUAUGACGUGAAUGUCAUUAUGGCCGCCUUGCAGACCCGAGGUUUUGAGGCUGUCUGGUGGGAUAAAAGAAGGGAUGUCAGCAGUAUUGCUCUGUCCAAUGUGACCGGCUUCAUCCUGAAUGUCCCAUCCAACCUGCGCUGGGGUCUGCUGCGUCUGCCGCUCAAACGCCAACACUGGAUAGGGGUGCGUGAGGUGGGCGGGGUCUACUACAACCUUGACUCCAAGCUACGCAGCCCACACCCCAUCGGAGACCCUGACGAGCUCAGGAAGUUCCUGCGUCACCAGCUGAGAGGGAAGAACUGUGAGCUCCUGUUGGUGGUGUCGGAAGAGGUGGAGGUCCACCAAACAUGGAGGUCAGAUAGCUGUUGAGUGCCCGCCAACUUUUUCACUACCGGAUGAAACUUUUCCCAGUUGUUGCUCAGGAUAACAGGCGUGGUCCAAUCAGGUUCAGACUGAAGAGCAGGUGGGGUUGUGCUCAGUCAUUGACACAGAUGCACACUGGCCAGACAUACUGUUUUUGUUUACACACCCAUUGCUGGACUCUUGCUGAUGAGACUGGAAGCGAUGAAGGAAACGGACGCAUACAGCGAGGUCACAGAGAAAUAACACUACACAACAGUCCGACUUCUGAACGUUAUGUUUGGGAUUCAAAUUUGUUUAUAUAAGACUAUUUUUCAAUGAUACUUUAGAUUUGUUUUGUGUUUGUUUCUGUUUCCAAUUGUGAGAGGUGGGUGACUGCGCGACGGUACCAGUUCCACACUCUCCCUCCACCCAUGUACUGUAUAUUCACUGAUGUGUCUUCAUGUUACUCUUUCCUCUAUUCUACCUAUUGUUCUCUGUUCUACUGUGACUGUACAUCUCUUUACCUCAGUCUCUCUUCCUCUGAUGUCACUGCUCACAAUUCUCUCUUCCGCCCCCCCCCCCCCAAAAAACAACAAACUAAAGUUUGCACCGAGUUAACGAUGACCACAGGCAAUGGAGAGCCAAGCACCCCCCCUCUCCAUAGUGUCAGCUCUGAAUCAUGUUUUCUAGUUAGCACAGCAGCACCUGAGCAUUUGUAGCCGUUUUAGCCUUCCACCCUGUUUCUGUCUUCAACUUAGAACUCCUCAUAGCCUUAGCAUUGUUAGCUUCAGGUUUUCACAAUUGGCUAGAUGCAGUACUGUUGCAUGGGGGAGCCAGGAACUUUUCUUGAUCAGGUGACCUGAACCGGAAAAGCCACAAACCUGUGUAAUAUGCUGUAUAAUGAGUGCCCAAAGUUUUUCUGGUUUGAUUUUGUGGUUAGGAAAAUUGACCAUGGAUAAGUAAUUGUCUGGAAAUAUCCACCUGCCAAAUAUACAGACUUAUAUUAUCCAGUGUUUACACUCCUGAAAAUACACAGAUGUUAGAUUUCGAUCUUUUGGAAGAUGCCUUGGUCAUGGCUGAAAUAUUCAGUGCAGAGAGUUAGGAAAGUUGGUUUAUUGAGAGGUUAAAUGAAGUAAGAAGGAAAAGACAGUAAAGGUACGGUUAAUGUAGUGAUGGAAAGUGAAAGUAUGUCCAGUCGAUAUGUAAAAGUGAAAGUUAGAAGAAUGACAUGAAUCCAGCCAGAUAAGUGUUUUUUUUUAACAGCAGCCGUUCGAGAGAUUUGUUUUUGUUGGUUGAUAGAUGUUUAUCAUCUGAACAAAAUAUUGUGUACAAUUGAAGACUUGAUAAGGCCUUAACUUGUUUACAGAGAAAGCAGUCAUUAUUCUCUACCUAAAGAGGGGUUCAUUUUGCUCCUUGUGGGCUCAAUCCCAAUAGCUUUCCUAUUCACCUGAGCAUCCAAUCACACUAUUUAAUUUAACUGGUAAUAAUCAUUUGCAUACAUCACUAAUCAAACAGAUGAGGUUACUGAACUGAGGCUACCUGUGGGGGACUUCAGGGUAGGGAAACCAUACUGGAAGGUAAAACAUUCCUUCACUAAUCAUGUUGUUUGGAAAUGAAACUCAGAUGUUACAUAGUGGACUUUGCCAUGACAAUCCCACCCAACAUAUCCCUUCUAUUAAAGGGUCCUGGUUGUGUUACUGUUUUCUCUUGUUUUUCACGGAAAUAAAAUGCUUGUAAUGGCACUUUAUGUAUA